AAAGGGCGAACGCGAAGGGAGGGCGGUGCUCUGGCCGACACGGAGUGGACGCGACGGAGCGGAAGUCCCGGUGCGCACGCGGCGGGGAGAGCAUCCUGGGGGCCGGAAGGAGGCGGCGCCCCCGCGGCCUAGCGACCGGCCCGCAAGCUCCCCGCGGAGGAGGGCGCGUGGCCGAACAAGGAAGCGUGUUGCCCGAGCGCGCGGCUGGUUCGCGGAGGUCGCCGGUGGCCGAAAGCCCGACUUCGGCGUAGGACGUGAGACCGUGAGUUAUGGCGGGGGGAUCCCGGCGGCGCGGAGCGGCCAAGUGGGCCGCGGUGCGAGGCAAGGCGGGCCCCGGCCCAGCGGACGGAAAUGAAGACGGUCUGGAACUGCCACCCUCGCCGGGGGACUCCAGCUACUACCAAGAUCAGGUGGAUGAUUUCCAUGAGGCCCGAUCUCGGGCCGCCUUGGCUAAAGGCUGGAGCGGAGUGGAGAGUGAGGAGGAGGAUGGCGAUGAGGAGGAGGAGGAGGAGGUUCUAGCCCUAGAUGUUGCCGAUGAGGACGAUGAAGAUGGAGACAGCGCGGGGGAGGAAGAGGACGACGAGGAUGACGGCGGGAGCUCCGUGCAGAGCGAGGCCGAGGCAUCUGGGGAUCCCAGUUUGUCGUGGGGUCAGAGGAAAAAACUUUACUACGACACAGACUAUGGUUCCAAGGCCCGAAGCCGACAAAGUCAACAGGAAGUAGAGGAGGAGGAAAGGGAGGAGGAAGAGGAAGCCCAGCUCAUUCAGCGGCGCCUAGCCCAGGCCCUGCAGGAGGAGGAUUUUGGGGUGACCUGGGUAGAGGCCUUCGCAAAACCAGUAUCUCAGGUAGAUGAGGCCGAGACCCGGGUCGUGAAGGAUCUGGCGAAAGUUUCAGUGAAGGAGAAGCUGAAGAUGCUGCGGAAAGAGUCACCAGAACUCUUGGAACUGAUAGAAGACCUGAAACUUAAGUUGACUGAAGUGAAGGAUGAGCUGGAGCCAUUGCUACAGUUGGUGGAGCAAGGGAUCAUUCCCCCCGGAAAAGGAAGCCAAUACCUGAGGACCAAGUACAACCUCUAUUUGAACUAUUGCGCCAACAUCAGCUUUUAUUUGAUCCUGAAAGCCAGGAGAGUCCCUGCACACGGACAUCCUGUCAUAGAAAGGCUUGUCACCUACCGAAAUUUGAUCAACAAGCUGUCAGUUGUAGAUCAGAAGCUGUCUUCUGAAAUUCGUCAUCUCCUCACACUUAAAGGUGAUGCUGGAAACAAAGAACCGAUUUCAAAAGCGAAAUUCACCAAGGCCAAGCCAAAAUCUGUUUCAGAGACUCCUGCUGCUGCCUCUGCUGUUACAGACGUAUCUGAUGAUUCUGAUUUUGAUGAAGAAGCUGCACGGAAAUACUAUAAAGAAAUAGAAGACCAGCAAAAGUUGAAGAGAAAGAAAGAAGAAGACAGUAUUGAAGAACAGGCUCUUGAAGAUCAAAAUGCGAAGAGAGCCAUUACCUAUCAGAUUGCUAAAAAUAGGGGACUUACACCCAGAAGAAAGAAGAUUGAUCGCAAUCCUAGAGUGAAACACCGGGAGAAGUUCAGAAGAGCCAAAAUCCGCAGGAGAGGCCAAGUUCGUGAAGUUCGUAGAGAAGAGCAACGUUACAGUGGUGAACUCUCUGGCAUCCGUGCAGGAGUUAAAAAGAGCAUUAAGCUUAAAUAAAGUUUUCACUUAGCUUAAUGUUUUUGGUUUGGCAAUAAUUUUAAGAUCAAUAAAUUUUUAUUUUUAUCUAGUGAAGUGAUUGUAUUGAUACAUAUAUAACACUAACCUUAAACUUAAAAAAAAUUUUGUCAACAGGGAAAUUUGGCUUACUGCUCAGUAUUUUUUGUUCUUUAUAUUAUUAAAGUCAUAUAAGAAUUUGGGAGCAAUACAGGAGUUCUUGGUAAGAGACGGUGUUGAAAAGAGUUGUCCAAUAUUGUCAAAUAGUAGCCUAGGAAAAUUUCACAGCUGGUUGGGGAGCAACAGUCAAAUUUAGAACACUUUUGUAAUUUUCCUUGGGAAGAGAAUGCACCUUUGGAAUCAUCUUAUUUGUAAGAUAGUCUAUAAAAUAGUUCUGACAGAUUUCAUUUACUUAAGUGUCAUUCUUGAGCAGGAUACUUGUAAUUAAUAGAUUUUAAUUAAAGAUCUUGUACAUUGUGGUAAACGCUUAGGAAUGAAGAGGAACUUUGGUUAAAAGCAGAAAAAGAUAUGCCUUAAUUACAUUAAUUGUGAACAUUUUUCUAAUAGUCCUUAAUGUGGUAAAUAAGGUUAAAAUUCCAUUUUCAAUAUUGUACUGGUGACUUGCAGCUGUUGCUGUUUGUACACCACAUUUGCCGAAAACUUGGUAGGAUUACUACAAGGUAAGAGACAAGUUCAAGUGGUAAAAAACGUUAUAUUUUUCUUUAGUUAUUCUGACCUUUUAUAGUAGGAUAGAGAUGCAGAACUUGAAACUAUUUGGGAUGAUGCCAGGGAAGAAAAUGACAAAGACUAGUGAAGGAAAGCACAAAAGAUGUUUUAACUAUAUCAUUGUUCAUUAACUAUUCAUUAAAUCUCUCUAGCUGCUAAA